CUGUGCCAUGAGUAGAGGAGGUUGGCGUGGUAGAGGUGGUGGAGGUGGAGGUUUUCGUGGUAGAGGUGGCGGUCGUGGAGGAGGACGAGGUGGCUAUGGCAGAUUCCAAGACCAGGGGCCUCCUGAGGAAGUCAUGGAGAUUGGCCAUAUGACGCAUACCUGUGAGGAGGAUCUAGUCUGCAAGAGUGUCAAUGAGAAAAUUCCCUACUUUAACGCCCCUAUCUACCUGGAGAACAAGAAACAGAUUGGAAAAGUGGACGAGAUAUUUGGACCCAUCAAAGACUUUUAUUUUUCAGUGAAACUGUCAGAGAAUAUGAAAGCUGGAUCUUUUGACAAAUCUUCAAAGUUCUAUAUUGACCCUGCCAAGUUGCUGCCGCUUGCCAGGUUUCUGCCGAAGCCUCCAGGUCAACGGGGAGCUGGCAAAAGAGGUGGAGGAGGAAGAGGUGGUCGAGGAGGAUUCGACAGAGGUCGAGGGCGAGGCGGAUUUGACCGGGGCCGAGGAGGCAGAGGUGGAUUCAACCGAGGUCGAGGUGGUUUCGAUAGAGGUCGUGGAGGUCGAGGUGGAUUUGAUAGAGGAAGUGGUGGAAGAGGUGGCUUCCGGGGUGGAAGAGGAGGUGGAGGAUUUAACAACAGUUUUGGUGGUGGUGGCGGCGGCGGCCAGAGGAAGACGUUUGAUUGAUGUGUGAAUGUGUAUAUGUAUCUCAUUGUCAUGUGUGAAUGUACAUGUUUUGAUGUGCACAAUGGUGUUUGGACUCAUUAGCUCAUCCAAAAUAUGUUGAAUCUAUGAUGAUUAUUGUUUAUGACUUUUAGCAUUGAUUUAAAAACAUGUAAUAAAAAUGUUAUGGUAGAAAA